UCAAUCAAUUAUGAGGUUAGGUUAGGUCUUUUCAUUCGUAUUUAUCAUUCUAUAAAUGUGUUUAAUUUCUAUGAUUUCUAUGAUUAUGUAUUUGUUAAUCUAUAUAACAGUUUGUUUUUCUAAUAUGUAAUGGCUAAAUGUGCGCACUCUUUGUACAAAACGUCAUUAAGGUUUUGUCAAUUAAAACGGUUCAAAUUUCUAUAUGCAUCUAGUCUGACAUUAAAUGUAGUGCGAAAGUUUGCGGACGACAAGCCAGCAAUUAUUUUAGGAAUCGAAACGAGUUGUGACGACACAGGAUGUGGAAUAAUAAAUACUACAGGAAAAAUAUUAGGCGAAGCAUUAAACUCUCAGCAUCUCACUCAUUUAAAACAUGGCGGCAUAAUUCCUACAAUUGCUCAUGAAAUGCACAGGCAGCAUAUUACUGAAGUCUGUGAGGAUGCGUUGAGAUCAGCGCAUUUAAGGUUAAGAGAUAUAGAUGUUAUUGCAACCACAAUUAAACCAGGUCUUCCCUUGUCACUUGCCAUUGGAAAUACCUUUGGCAAGUAUCUCUCUAGAAUUGGCAAUAAACCAUAUAUACCGAUACAUCAUAUGGAAGCUCAUGCAUUAACUGUACGAAUGGUCCGAAAAGUAGACUUUCCCUAUCUCGUUUUGUUAGUAUCAGGCGGCCACAGUUUAUUGGCUAUUGUUGAAGAUGUGGAUAAAUUUUAUAUGCUAGGUACUACGACAGAUAAUGCACCUGGAGAAGUUCUAGAUAAGCUUGCUCGCAGACUCAAACUUGCAAAUAUACCAGAGUUUUCACAUAUGAGUGGUGGGCAAGCAAUAGAGAACGCAGCGAGGAAGGCGACUAAUCCGACUAAAUUCACUUAUGAAGCAAUCUUGACAAGAAGGAGAGACUGCCAAUUUAGUUUUGCGGGUUUACGAAGCAAAAGUUUAAAAUACAUUAACAAACAAGAAAAAGAACUGAAUAUUGACGGCAGUACGAUAAUUCCAGAUGUGUAUAAUCUCUGCGCAGCGGUGCAAACGUGUCUUGUAAAGCACAUUUGUCUUAGAACACAGAGAGCAAUAGAAUUUAUUGAUAAGUUGAAUUUGAUAUCACGUGAAAAGCGAACUCUGGUAAUAUCUGGUGGAGUAGCGUGCAACAACGCUUUAGCAAAAGCAUUAGAAAUUGUUUGUACAGAAAGAGGCUUUACAUUCGUUAGAACCCCGCCUGAAUUGUGCAACGACAAUGGCGUAAUGAUAGCAUGGAACGGUGCGGAGAAAUGGAUGGCGAAUAAAGGAGUUAUCCGAUGCAAGGACGAAAUCGAAAUGGAGCCGAUCAAACGUGCGAUGCAUAUCCUGAGGUCAAGUGAAAUCAAUUGCAACGAGUUUCGCAGCGUAUCAACAGACGGCGUCAUCGAGGUGGCGGGAUGGAACGAGAAGACGAGGAUUUUGGCGAGGGUUAUAUCGCGGAAUCGCACCCGCUGAGACCGACGCAUCUCACCGUGCCGCUCGGUGGACGUUCCGAUUCGCGUGCACCCAGUAUCAGCAGCAGCGUCAGCGACCUCGACGUUCCGAUAUACAC